ACAAUGUUGGCUCUAUUCUUAAUACUACUAUGUUCUCCAUUCAUUACUGAUGCAGUCAACAGAGACAACUUCAAAAGAUGUGACCAGAGUAGUUUCUGUCGACGGUGCAGAGGGAUGGAAUCUGGAAAAACUGCAUAUCAGCUUUUACCAGAUAAACUUGUACAGAAUGAAUCAAUGAUCAUAGUAGAUUUAUUUAAUAAGGAUACAGGUGUCACUUAUGUGGUACAACUCACAACGUUAAAAGAAAACACGUUUCGGUUGCAUAUCAAUGAAAAGAAUCCAUUGCAUCCUAGAUUUGAAAAUGAAUAUGCCCUUUAUGAUCAACCACAAACGGUAGAGAUGGAUUUUGUAGAAAGCACUGCUGAAACUAUAACUGUAACCAAAGGCGAAAACAAAGCUAUUUUAUAUAUUAAUCCAUUUAAAGUAGAACUGUAUUCCCAAGGUAUUUUAACAAUAUCUGCAAAUGCCCGUGGUCUUAUGAGAUUUGAGCAUUUGCGUACGAAACCAAUAAAACCAGAAGAUGGAAAUGCUGAAACAAUGACAGGAACAAACAAUACUGCAUAUCCUGGUGAUGGUGCUGACAAUGAUCCUGGUGCUUGGGAAGAAAACUUCAAGGAGCAUCAUGAUGCAAAACCUUAUGGACCAGAAGCUGUUGCCAUGGAUUUCAGCUUUCCUGGAUCGGAGCAUGCCUAUGGUAUUCCAGAACAUGCUGACUCACUAGCAUUGCAAUCAACGAAAUCUACUGAUCCAUAUAGACUGUAUAAUUUGGAUGUAUUUGAAUAUGAAACAAAUGAACAUAUGUCUUUAUAUGGUGCUAUUCCCGUGCUUUACGCUCAUGGAACAGAAAGGUCUUCGGCUGUUUUCUGGCAUAAUACAGCAGAAACGUGGAUCGACAUUCUAUCGAGUGCAGAUAAUAACGUUGUGGAAAGUAUUGUUAAUUUUGUAUCAAGGUCAAUUAAGAAAUCUCAGGUGGAUGCUCAUUUCAUGUCAGAAUCUGGAGUGAUUGAUGUAUUUUUUAUGCUGGGUCCGAAACCACUUGAUGUUUUCAGACAAUACACUAUUUUAACUGGUACAGCUCCUUUGCCUCAGAUGUUUACACUCGGAUAUCAUCAGUCCCGUUGGAAUUAUAAUGAUCAAGAUGAUGUUGCAACGAUCGCCGAAAAUUUUGAUACGCACGAUAUACCAUUAGAAGUUAUGUGGCUUGACAUCGAAUAUACUGACAGCAAAAAAUAUUUUACAUGGGAUGCACGUAAAUUUCCAAAUCCUCUUGAUAUGGUACACAAUCUUACUGCCAAAGGCAGAAAAUUGGUAGUCAUCAUAGAUCCUCAUAUUAAACGUGAUAACAAUUAUUUUUUACAUAAUGAUGCCACCAGCUUGGGCUAUUACAUCAAAAACAGGGAUGGAAAAGAUUACGAGGGUUGGUGCUGGCCAGGCGCCUCGUCGUAUUUAGACUUUUUUGAUCCAAAGGUUGUUGAUUAUUAUACUGGAUUGUACAGUUUAGAUAAAUUCCAUGGUACUACUAAUGACGUUUACAUUUGGAAUGAUAUGAACGAACCAAGUGUGUUUAAUGGACCUGAAAUAACAGCACCAAAAGAUCUUGUUCAUCAUGGAGAUUGGGAACACAGAGACGUUCACAAUAUUAAUGGACAUAUGUACAUUCGUGCGACAUAUGAUGCUUUAUUCCGUCGAUCAGGCGGUUCUCUAAGACCGUUUAUUUUAACAAGAUCUUUCUUUGCUGGAUCACAACGUUAUGCAGCAAUGUGGACUGGCGAUAACAUGGCUGAUUGGAGUCACUUUCGUGUAAGUUAUCCCAUGUGUCUCUCAGUGGCUAUAUCUGGAAUGUCGUUCUGCGGUGCUGAUGUUGGAGGUUUCUUCAAGAAUCCAGAUUCAGAAUUAUUUAUUAGAUGGUAUCAAGGUGCAACAUGGCUACCUUUCUUCCGUCAGCAUUCUCACAUUGAAACAAAGAGGCGUGAGCCAUGGACAUUCAAUGAGGAAACUACUCAAAUAGUUCGUGAAGCAUUAAGAUUACGAUAUUCUUAUCUGCCAUUAUGGUACACACUCUUUAGAGAACACGAAGUAAAUGGUUAUCCUGUCAUACGUCCUUUAUGGACGCAUUAUCCAACCGAAUCCCAAACUUUCAUUAUUGAUGACGAGUUGUUACUUGGUGAUUCAAUACUUGUGUGUCCAGUAUUUCAAUCCAGUGCUACUGAAAUAUCAGUUUACUUCCCUGGAGAAGACAAAGUAACGUGGUAUGAUAUUGAUACAAUGCAAGCCUACCAGAAAGGAGGGUACGUUACAAUACCGGUAACGAUCCACAAGAUUCCUGUGUUCCAAAGAAGUGGAUCUGUCGUCCCUAGAAAAAUGAGAAUACGACGCAGUACAGUUGCUAUGAGAAAUGAUCCUUACACGCUGAUAAUAAUUGCCGAUAGUAAUGGCAGAGCUAGCGGUAAUUUAUAUAUUGAUGAUGAAGUCAGUUUCGAAUAUCGUCAUGGAAAAUAUUUGUAUUUAAGAAUAACGUUGGACAGUAAUAAAAUAGUAUCAACUCUAAUUGAUAAACUAGCUUCGUAUGAAACACAAAGCUGGUUAGAAAGAAUAGAUAUAGCUAAUCCGCCACAAGGAAUUAAAUCUGCUCAAUUGGAAUCUCACAGUAUGGGAAAAGUAACAUUGGAAACUACAUAUAACCCACAUAACAAUGUAUUAACGAUACGUAAACCAGCUGUAAAUAUGGGCGAGGAAUGGACCAUCGAACUAUUACAUUAGGAUUAUGGGCUCAUUAUCCAUAAUCAACUCAGUAUCCAUACCAUAAUGCCAAUUUUCUAUUACUAUUCAGUUAUCUGUGAUCUGAAUGAUUGUUUCUUAGAACAAAUAUACAAUUUAGUUACUGUGACAGUAAAAUAAUGGCCAAUUGCUUUCUGAGA